AUGAAACCCAAUAAUGAGCAUGAUGCAACUUUUGCGGAGGGCUUGGAGAAGCUGGUCGCCAAAAGUUUAGGUGCUGUCCUUUUUUUGAAAGCAUAUGAUGAACAUAAUGCUCCGGCAGUGUACUUCUUGGACGGAUACUUUUGCGGCCUGCUGGCGAAGAAUGGGAUGGACGACCAUCUCUCCGUAGCCCGCACCGCAGAGAGCGUGCAUGUCAUGUACGCAACCGAAGUGUAUAAAUGUUGCAACACGGCGUUACUCGACUCUAUUUCCUGGCUUAAAGUUCUAAAAAGGAGAGCGGACGGAGCAGUAGAGGAGGAAGAACUAGAGGAAGGAGAACUGGAGGACUGGGAGGGCCUAGAACUCCGUGCUAUUAGGAAAGACCUUAUUCAAGGGUUCCUUCACCGGCUUCACAAUGACAGCGAUGAGCUGCUGAGCAAUAUUUUCUAUGAGUUCGCACAUGGAAUUCCCCACCAGAUUAGUACUUUAAAACGUACACAGGAGCAGGAGCAGGAGCAGGAGCAGAAGGACUCCGAGACUACAUGUACCGCACCGCAAACGAGCUUUCAUAGUGGUACUAAUCCCAUCCAGACACCAGGACAUCCUAUCGAUCUUCAAGGUGAGCCCGAUGUGGUAGGAAUGCUAUUUGAUGAGAUUCGCAAAUUACGCCCCAACGACGAUCCAUCACGACCAAGACUUGCAGCUUUGAUAGCAAACCCUGCGUAG